CCAUCCAAUUGUUUUAGACUAAUGUAAUCUACUGUAACUAUUGGGUCUUUUCUUUUCUUCGAAGAUAACAUGGAAAAUUCAGUCAAUGAUAAGGAAAUUGGAGGUGGGUAGGUUUUAUGAAACAGAGAGAGAAAACAUGGGUGUUUUUGCAUUUUUGUCAGGUUUUUGUUUGGGAUCAGAGAGAUCCUGGAAUCUUUGCAGUAAAUGGAAAAUUGGAUUUUGGGUGUUGCCAGCAAUGGGGAAUUAGAUGAUGGGUGUGUUUGGCUGCCAGUUAUUUUUGUAGUUUUGGCCUGAAGGGCUUGGACUCUGAUGUUGUUUUUUAUUUUAUUUUAUUUUAUUUUUCUAUACAAGGUAUCUUUCCUUGUUCCUCUUUUGUUUUAGUUGUGCAGACUCUCCCAAGAGAAGGGAAAUAAAAAACAAAAAAAGGAAGAUAUUUUAGAAGGGAAAUUCUCUGAAAUCUGACCCAAACACAAUCCUAAUAUCAAUCAAGGUUGUUGUAGAUUGUUUCAUACAACAUACCAUUGAAUGUGAGUAUUGGGUUUCUUGACUGUGGUAACAUGGGUGAAUUCGAAGACGUGUUUUCGGGGUGGAGCUGGGAGGAGAACAAGAUGUUUGAGCUUGCUUUAGCCAUCGUUGAUGAACAGAAUCCCGAACGGUGGAACACGGUCGCCGCCAUGAUUGGAGGGAAGAGCGCAGAGGAGGUCGAAAGGCACUAUGAGACCCUUGUGGAGGAUUUGCAGAAUAUCGAAUCCGGUGAGAUGGACCAUAGGUUGGAAGAAGCACAUCUGCAUAGUCUUUCGGGUGACUGUGAUCAGUCAACAUAUUGGACCGAUGAAGACCAGAAGCUACUCAUUCAAUUGGGCAUAUGAAGCUAGUCAUGGGCAAAAUGCUCGCAUAUGAAAGAGGGCGAUAGACAGAGAAAACAGAUUGGACAUUGAUCGUAGGUAAAUUUCUAUAUAUGGGUUUGUCGUAAUUUAUAGUAUUAUUAAGGAAAACAAUCUUGUUUCAACCACUUAUGAAAAAGAUGGCCGGUCGAUAUAGAUGUUAUCAAAGAACCAUUCAUCUUUAAAGCUGUCAAAAAGAUGAAACAAUUUGAAAUUUUUGGA